AUGGAUACUCCAAUAAAUAGAAUGGAAAAAGAAAUUGCAGAAGUAUAUAUGACAAUAGUGAAAAAUAAAAAAUGCAAAUUAAAAAGAAAUAAAGAAGAAAAUCAAGUAGAUAAAAAAUUGACUGAUUCAUCUAAACCAAAAAGAGAAGCUCAAGAAGAAGCUGUAGUAGAUGAAAAAAAAUUGAAUGAGAUAGAUUUUAUUAUAAUGAACUUGAGAGAAAAAGAAUAG